AUGAAGUCCGGUGAUCGUCAGAAAACGACAGAACGAGAGGGAACGAAAGGGAUGCAGACGGCGCGGACGGGAUCGAAAAAACAGCAGGCAGUGAAGAAAAAACCAGUAAAGAAGUUGUUGACGAGUUUGAAUAAAGUGGACAGUCGAAAUAAACACUUAUGGGCGGUCCAAGUGCAUAUUGGUUCCGGCGGAUUCGGUGACGUCUAUCGGGUUAUCGACGAGAAGGAUCCGGAGAGGCCGGAAUACGCGAUGAAAACGGAAAUCCGUGGAGCCCAUCAAAGACGACUGAAUAUUGAGAAAUGUAUACUGCACGAAGUGGGCGUGUACACUGCAUCGAACAAGAAGACACGUCACUUUUGUGAGCUCGUCGAUUCUGGACUCACCGCUGAAUAUUCGUGGAUCGUAAUGACACUAAUCGGUCCGUCACUCGACAGUGUCCGACGGAUGCUCAACAAACAAUUCACAAGGAAUUGUGUGAUUAGUAUGGCUCUGCAAAUUCUCGAAGCUGUCGAAAUAAUGCACGAAGUGGGUUUCAUCCAUCGGGAUCUGAAGCCCGGUAACAUUUGUACCGGCAACCCGCCGAACGACGAUCAUCUCCUGUAUGUAUUGGAUUUUGGGAUUAGUCGACGCAUUUAUAAGAGUAUUACGAAAAAGGAGCUACGGAACAAGAGAGAACGUGUCCCAUUCUACGGUACGCGUAAAUUCUGCAACCGAGCGUGUCAUCUGGAGAAGGAUCAGGGCCGGAAGGACGAUAUGGAGACGUACGUGUACACAGUUCUCGACUUGUUCCAUAACGAGCGAGGUUUGUCGUGGAGUAAGGAUUUGGCGGACACCAAGAAGAUUGUCGAGAAGAAGAAGGCGUUGUUCGAAAACCCGCUGAGAGAACUCGACCCGAUUGUUCCACCUGGAAUAGCAAAAAUUAUAUUGUACUUGAAGGAUUUGAAGUUUCAAGACUCUGUGGACUAUCGAUUUAUCGAAUUGGAGCUUCGCUCGUGUCGUAAAGAGCUGACAUCGUCGGAUCCGAGUGAUGAGACGAUGGAUUGGACGGGAAAACUGGAGAAGUUGAUGAAGGAGGCGAAGAAUAAUAGGAAGCCGGUGACACCGAAAGGCGAGGAAACAUUGAUAUUCGAAAACUUGAAAGAACGAAAGCGAGUCCGUGAAAUGACGUCUGCUGGAGGUGGGCGGUCUGCCAACGAGAGCUCCGCGAUGAGAUCAUGUACAUUUGACGGAUCGGAAGGACCACCGCCAGGAUUCAUGACCACCGGAGCAACGACUGCUGGAACAACUGGAGGAACUACAGGGCCAGCAACCAGGACAGUGAUGAAGAAGCCGUUAGUGAAGAAGAAAAGUCGGAGUAGAAAUUAG